AUGUAUGAUAAUGAUCUACUACAAGGCGAUGUAAAGCAACAGCUUAUCAGGAAGAAGAGGUCCAGUACUGCCCCAAGUUCAAGUAGUGGCAGACAAUCAACAACCUCAAGAGCAUCAGAUAAAGACACUGGAGUGUCAUCAUCAAAGAAGACAUCAUCAACGACAUUGUACAAUGACAAUGAUGAAGAUGAUACUAAAGCACAGAAACGAAAGUCAAUCAUUGGCAAUACAUCAACGUCGACGACGACGACAAGUACUACAGCUGGCACUUCGACAACAUCCAGCUCAAAGAACAGUGGUAAUGGAACGGGAAGUGUACUUGGUGAUACUAGAAAGAGGGCAACUGUGGGCGGUGCGAUGACAACCUCAGCAAAGAAGCCACCCGCAUCAUCUCAGAAGAGCAGCAGCAGCACCAGUGGGGAUAAUCAAGACAGCGACACGACAUUCAUCUACCUCAACAAACCCAACCCUUCACAAAAGAGGAAGUCGUCAGAGGCCGAGAACAUCUUCCAGACGGCACGCUCAAAGGCCGACGAGGAAGAAGAGGAGGAGAGACAAAGACAGAAAGACAAGAAGAAGAAGGCGAGAUAUUCAGUGCUGGGCGCAAAGACACAGUUUGAGAAGGAUCGCGAUCUGGAGCGCGACAAGGAGAUUAGACAGCAGGCCGAGCGACUGGCCGACCUUGACAGGAUCAAGCGCGAGAAGGACCGCCAGGAGGAGGAGGAGCGCCACCGUCUGGAAAAGGAGCGUCAGAGGGAGGCCGAACGACUGGAGCGUCUGGAGCGUCUGGGCCGCGUCAAACCCAACCCGGCAAUGGCGGCACCGACAACAACAACCACAUCCUCCGCAAGGCUGCCAUCACUCUCCACCCCAUAUCCCGCCAGCAAGCAGCAGCAACAGCAGCAGCCCCAACCGGGCAGAACAUCCUCUUCAGUGUUUGCCAAGAACAACACGCAAGUCCUGCAGCCACAACGCUACACCACCACGUCUGCCAGCCAUCACGAAUAUCCACAGACGCCCAACAACUUUGACAAGUCCAACACUGGCUUCCAAUACAACAACUACCAGAUACCGACGGCAAAGGCACCAUUGUUCGCGCAGACAACGCAACAAAACCUCUCCGUUGACUUUGACACUGAUGAACCUCAAGAUGUUGUUGAGGACAAUGACUAUGACUUUGGCGCAGUGUUGCCAACCUCACCAGAGCCCUUCUCACAAGAGGACCAGGACGACGAAUCUGACAGCGACCUCUCCUUUGAUUAUGACGAGGAGGAGCAUAUGAAUGGUAGCCAUUCGUACGAUGUGGACGCGGAUGUGAACCCCCAGCAAGAGUAUGAACGAGAGCGCCAGCGCCAGCGCGAUCAAGAGCGCGAGCGCGAACAGAGAAGACAACAACGCGAGUAUUCCUCGAAUGAGAGACCAAGCUCAACAGGUGUGAGCAGCAUUCAACGCGAGCGAUCAUUGAAGGACCACGACUGGGUUGGCUACGCAUUGAUCGUCGUGUCGUUUAUCGCGUGGAUCGUUCUGCUUGGCGUCAUGCUCAACUUCUUCUACUCAUUUGGCAGCGUCACCUACUGUGACACUGACUCCAUGCCACGAUUCGAUGGCAAUGGCAAGAUCAUUUGCCAUCGCUGCCCCGACAGGGGCAUCUGCACAGACGGCGCAUUCAGCGCGUGCCAGGACGGCUACGUCCGAAGUAGGCAACGCUGCAUCGUCGACCCAUCGCGCAUCGAUGCGCUCAACGUAGUGUUUGGCAAUGUGGAGCAGGUGCUGCGUGAGCACAAGGGCAAGUUCGAGUGCAAGGUCACCGAUCAGUUCGACAUGCCCCUCGAGCAGCUCGGCAAGGAGUUUGGCCGACACUACUGGAUCAAGGUGGACGCCGUCGAGAAGGCCUACACCAAGCUCAUCGAUCAUAUUGUCAACAGACGCGACGCCGCCGACUUUGGCAUCGACGAGAAGAUGCUGGACAGCAUUGUCGUGUCACACAACGACACAUCGGGCGAGCUGCUGCUCCACACGGUCAAGGAGUCCAUCCGUCCGCUGUGGUGCCAGACGUACUUUGUCGGCAAGCAACUGAUGCUCAACAACCUCCAAAUUCUCAUCGGCCUGUUUGGCGCCUACGUACUCUACAGCUACAUACGAAUCCGCGCGCAACGCAAGAAGGAAGACGCCCUCAAGACCGAGCAUAUGUUCAAGCAGCUGCUGGGCAUAAUACAGCAACAGAGCCGCUACAACCCAGAAGAACCAUGGAUAUCCGAGAUCAUCCUACAAGAGGAAGUGAUUGGCACUGAUAGAUCAAAGCAUACUUUGAGAUUAUGGGAGCAUGCAUUGGAGAAAGUAUUGUCCUCGUCCAACAAGGUAUUAUACGCUCCGCGAUACGUCAAUGGAGAAUCACAGAACACUCUAGAGUGGAGUGACACUGGUGCGUUCAGAGAUGCAACUACACCAUCCAAGUCUGCUACCAAGCAAGCAUUAUAA